UGACUGAUCGAGAGAUAUCGUGGUGUGACGAAACAGCAAUGGGCCUUGAGGGGCUGCUAAACACCCUUGAUUUGCAUUCCAAAAGGUCGUGUUUCUCCAGAAUUAGUCCGCGACCGAAAAGAAUUUAUUAAUCAUCCCAUAAUCCAAACAGCAGUUCAACGAAAAAGUGUGGAAUCGCGUCGAAAAGUAGAAAAGCGCAAAACGGGGGAUUUUGACAAUUUAAAUCGUUAUGGAUUUUAAUGGAAAAUAGCAGAAGACAUGGACUACGGUUGAGAUGGCGAACUCUUGAGAUAAAAUCACGGUUUUCUCACGUCCAGCGACUGGGCUAUUUAUCGUUUAUCAACGUAAGCUCUUGACCCUGGAGAAACGAAAUAUCAUGAGCCGGUCCAUUUUACGAAGACGAACUUUUCACGCGAAAAAAGCUAAUUUGUUUGAUCCAGCUUCAGUGAUGGCUCCAGUUCUAAAAGCUUCGCUGGAAAAGGAGCCGAGCAGUAAGAAGUUUAUGAAGGCCGUGCGGACUAAAUCUAGUGUUAUGAGCAGCUCGGUGGAAACUUCAGUUCCACAAUCGCCUUCACAGCGGCGCAAGGCUGGUGGACUCGUGCAGCGCUCCUUUAGUUUGCGGGUUGGCUCAGCCAAAGAUGAAGAUUUUGCCAAAAAGUAUCGCAUCGUGCCUACACCAGUCAAAAAGCGUGCGAAUAAGCUAUGGAGCGACACAGUCUCCAAGGGCCAUGUGCAGACGCUCUCGCCGAUGCAGCUAAGAAGGCAGGAGGCCAUAUACGAGCUGUCGUCAGGCGAAGAAGAUGUUGUCUCAGAUCUUACCAUGAUGCAAGAGGUGUAUUAUAAGCCCAUGUACAAGUUAAAGCUUAUGAGUGAAUACGAAUUCACGACGAUAUUCGGCUACAUAGAGACUUUAUUGGAAAUUCACAGUGACAUUAUUGUCAAGUUAAAAGCCGCUAGAUCAUCCGCAGAUGGUAUGACGGAUAGUAUAGGACAAAUCAUGUUAGAAUGGUUCCCUAGAUUGAGUUGUUACGUCAAGUACUGCGCAAACCAGUUCGAGGCCAAGGCCAUGUUAGAUGAGAAGAUGAAGAGCGAUAACAACGUCAAGGAUUUCCUCCAGAGAUGUCAAGCCUCACCUUUCAGUCGCAAGUUGGAUUUAUGGAGUUUUCUUGAUUCCCCGCGCAGUCGCUUGGUCAAGUAUCCUCUCAUGCUCAAGAGUAUUAUGAAACUAACUCCAAGAGAUCACCCAGACCGCAAACUAUUGGAAGAUGCAAUCGCAUGCAUAGAAACAAUCAUCGAAGACGUUGAUCAAAAGACGGGCGAAGCAAAGUGCCAGUGUGUUCUGAGCAGGAUUGUCUUCCUCUAUGACAAUCAGAUGUGCCCAGAGCUUUUCAAAUCAAAAAGACUCCUUUGCAGUGGAGUACUGAAAAAUAAACACGGAACUAAACUACAUGCAUUUCUAUUUGAGAAAGUCUUCCUACUCACGCGGCCAGCAACAAGGGGUGGCAGGUCAAGUUACCAAGUGUUUACAGAGCCAUUGCUGGCAGAGUAUCUUUUUGUUGAGGAUUUGCCAGAUGGUGACGUCAGGCUCGGAGGGUCAUUCAAGACAGCAAUAUCAAGACUAGCAACCUGUAAGAAUGCUAAAGGAGUUAUCAGUCUGAUUAAGAGACCACGAUCAAGGAACGUCUUAAGAAUCUCAAGUACUGACCGACACAAUGGGCAGUCUCACACACUGCAAGCAUCCAGCGAGCCGGACAAAAGGCAAUGGCUAAAUGCUUUACGAAGUAUAGUGAGCAGUGAGAAUUAUAAGACUUUUAUAUAAUAGUUUUCCACGUAGAAUAAUUCUAGUAGCCUCCAAUGCAUGCACAACUAUCUUGUGCUGGGGAUUCAUUUCCAAGGGAAAUGUUUUUUGUACAUUUUCAUACAUUGUACAUUUUUUCUCAUUUCGAUAAAAGACCUUGAAGGUGGAAGAAUAGAAAGAAUUGGCUGGUAUGCUGUGAUAAAAUUAUACUAGUAUCUUUGAUAGCAGAGCAACUACAUAACAGACCUUGACUGUCUAUAUGCCUACAUUAUAAGUUUCUUACACAUUUUGUAACAGCCCUGAGUUCCAGACAAACAAAUGCUAAUCAAGGGCAAGUGGAAGCGCUUGGCCUUUUCUUUACAUCUUGGGUUUGACCAGUCUGGCAACCAGAGUUAUUCAAUACACUACACUGACAGAAUAGCUGGUAAGAUAAGCUGAUGCUUAUUGAAUUUUAAACAAUCACAAUUGUCAACACUUAUGUGCCAAAAUCUUGGACUCUAUUUGUCUUUUGUUUGUGAGGGGAUAUCUCAAGAGGGAACCCCCUGAUGACACCUGUACCUUGUUUUUCUAAAUUCUCUGAAUUCUCAGUAGCUAAGACAUUUUCUAUGAAUAGAAAAUGGUUCGACAGUGUCUAAUGUCCUCUCCCUUGACCAAUAUUAUACCAAAUCAUUUUCUGAAAGCAUUUAGUAAAAUACUUUAGCCCGAUUCCAUGUAAACAGUAAGAUAGCAAGAAAAAAAGAUGGAGUAUCUAGAUAAAGAAACAUUUCCCAGUUAUUAACAUUUAUGAAAGUAUGUUUUCCAGAUGAUAUAUUUUUUAUUACCUGCUUUAUAAACAAGAAUAUUUGCAAAAUAACGAAUGGUAAAAAAAUAAGAAUUCUUUUGAGAAUAAGUGGCAAUUUAUUAGGGAAGGAGGGGUCAUUGAAGCACAUGACGUAAUGCUACCCUUUCUUCAAUUCCCUCCAUAACAGCAAACCAUAUAGACUGUUAUGAUACAUGAAUAGGAAUAUGGACUACUAGCUUAGUUUGUGAAAAUAUUCAAAUAAGUAGGAUCUGUUAAAUGCAGGCAACUGUGAUAAAACAGUGUCUGUUUUUAAUUACAAGAUAGUUAAUGUCCAUAUAAUUUAUGUACAACAUGGAACAUUGUAAGACAGUUAUUCCCCGAGUCAGAUUGGCUGCAUAUCUUGUUAAAGGCUAGAGAUACCAAAUUCUUAGCCCACAUUGAGUAAAUGUUACAGCAAAAUACUUUGUAACAGCUGGCACUACUAAAAAAAAGGCUGUCUUGGCCUUAAUUAACAAAACACUAGUAUUUGACAUUUUUUGUCUCUAAGUCAAAUACCACUGUUCGAUUCUUCUCAGGUGUUCAUUCUCAGUUCUCAACUACUUGGGUGUGAUGAUUAUCUGGCUAAAUCUACUGUUAGUUAAAUUUAUACUGUAAAUAGUCUAAUUAUAUAGUUAUAUGUACAAAUGAUGUGAUGAUGGCAAUAAAAAAGAGAAAAUAUG